AUGACACUUUACUUACGUUGUGGUACUGUAGCUAAGCGUAUAUUAAAUAUGAAAAGAUUGUUCAAAUUUUGCAAGGACAUAAGCAAGAUAACGGAGUCGUUUUUUAUGGUCCAGUUGCUCAGCAGCACCUACAACUUGUCGAUACUCUUGUACGCGAUAAUCACGGACAAUCAGAACAAUUUCCAGCUGCUGCCCGUCGUUGGCCUACAAACUCUCCAACUUUUCUCCUGUCACUGGAUAUCCGAGAUCCUCAGGUCCGAAAAAAUUCUUGUAACUCGGGACUCGUCUACGUCACUCAACUUGCAUAGAAAUUCAACGCACUGGAUAAAGAAAAAAAAUUCAGAAGUUGAUUUGCACAUGGAAAACAAGUACAUGCGCUUCAUGAAGACAUUAACUCGCAUAUAUUUGAUCAGCUAUAUACUUGCUUUAUUAAUGUACGUUGCAACAAACAUAAUGCUUGCGUCAAGUAUUUCGAUAAAUGGAAUUCCUCACAAGCAUUUAAUGUUUGGCAAAACUGUAUACGUAAGAAAACCCUUUUUUGAAAUUAUAUCGGUGUUGGAAAUAUUAUCUGCUGGUGUUAUGACAACAAGUUCAGGAUACGACAUGGCAGCGCCAUUUAUAAUUACAAUGGCUGCCGGAUACUUCAAAACACUCUUCUAUCGAUACGAAAAUGCUCAAAAGCAACACUCCUUUAACAACGAUGACCAAAUGUUUAAAGAUAUCAUAGCAUGUAUAAUCUAUCAUCAAAAGAUCGAUAGAUUCUGUACAAAUAUCAACAAAUUUACGAAAUCACUAUUCCUUAUACAAUUGAUAAGUAGUACGUACAACUUGUCGAUCCUCCUUUUGGUAGUAAUUUUGAAUCCGAAAGAAGAUUUAAAAAAUGGACCCAUAAUUAUUGUGCAAGCCUUGCAAUUUUUUUUAUGUCACUGGACAUCGGAUGUUCUUUUGUCCGAGAGUUUAGAUAUACGGAAAUCUGUAUACAUGAUACCAUCGGUUAAUCGGAAAGAUACGAAAUUAUCAAAAUUAAUACAAAUAUUGCUAAUGAAGUUGCAAAAUCCUGUACAAUUGACAGCGGGAGGAUUUAUCAACCUAUCGGUGGAGUGUUUUGGAAAUAUGAUGUCAAGUGUCGUGUCCUUUUUUUUAGUAAUUCACAGUUUUACAAACCAUUGA